AGGGCUUUCAACUCAGCGCAAAGCCCUUAAGGCCAAAAAGGGAGGGAAGCCUUCUCCCUCCCCAUCCCCCUUCAGCGAGGAUUCCUGGGGAAGCUCGUUCUCUUAGGAUGGCGGAGAGAGGCUGCUGAAAUCCGCGGAGGGUCUGCAACAAACAGGCUAGCAGCUAACUCCAGGCAUGGUCAGUCCACGUGGGCUGAGCGACGGGUGUCUCCAAGUGUGUGCCACGAAGAACACUGCAGGAAGUGACCUCUCCAGAUCACGAUGGGGUCCCCUCUCCGCUACCACAGAGAGGCUGAGCGACCUCAGGUUUUCUCUCUGCUCAGUUCGCCCUGGCUUUUCUCUACCCUUCUCCCCGAGCUGGAGAUGUGGGUAAGAGUAGGAGGGGUGGGUCGCCCACGCAGAGACAGCUGGGCAGCAGAAGGGGAGGGAACCCAACAGAGGCUUGAUCCCUAGCCCCCACCCCCCACCCCAAAUCGUCCUCGUGCCAAAGGGGAGCUGGCCAAACUAGGAGAAGGGGCUCAGGCUGGGGGGGCCAGGGCUCCCGCGGCCUGGGAAACGUCCAGCAGAUGUCUGACGCCCACUAUGCAAGUCCCAACGGGUGCACUGCGCGACCACAGAGUUACCCCCUCUCACCAGCAGCGACCCUCUCAAGUAGGAGCCGCUCCCUACCCCCGCCCCUCCACGAUCCCCCGCGUCCGAGGCCUGGAGGAGUUCCAAGAAGCGGCACACGGCAGGCCACGAGGUUACGGCUGCUGGGUAAGCAGCCCCCCUGUCGGUACCAGCCGUCCCCGCCCGGCGCCCAGCGCCUCCAGUGAGUGCCCGAGCCCCCGCCGCGGCCCCGCCCCCCGGAGCCCUGCCCCGCCGGGUGCGCGGCGCGGCGGGGGGGAGGGCCCGCCGGGGCAGGAAUGCGCGGCGGGCGGCGCAGGAGGCGAGUGGAGGAACAUGUAAGGGCACAUCCCUCGAGCUGCCGCCCAGCGCGCAGGCAGAGCCCAGCGGAGCGAGCGGGCGAGCGUGGUGCCAGUGCGCAGCCGGGCUCUCGGACCGGGAAGCCACCGGGGCACCGGGCAGUGGCCGGGCGGGGCAGCUCGCGCGGGGCGGCGGAGGGGCCGGAGCGGGGCUGCGGGCGCCGAGCGGACGGCGGUGGCCCCAGGACUGCGCGGCGGGCGCACCGGACGGCGGGGGCGCAGGUGGCAGGGCGCGCGGCCAGCCGGCCCCAGGCGCCAGAAUCCGGCGCUGCCGAGCCGGGGAGGGCGCAGCGCCCACCGCAGCCUGCAGUUUUCCCGGGACGUCUGGGCGCCCAUGACGGCGGCGGCGACUGUGCUCAAGGAGGGCGUGCUGGAGAAGCGCAGCGGCGGGCUGCUGCAGCUGUGGAAGCGGAAGCGCUGUGUGCUCACCGAGCGCGGGCUGCAGCUCUUCGAGGCCAAGGGCACCGGCGGCCGGCCCAAGGAGCUCAGCUUCGCCCGCAUCAAGGCCGUGGAAUGCGUGGAGAGCACCGGGCGCCACAUCUAUUUCACGCUGGUGACCGAGGGAGGCGGCGAGAUCGACUUCCGCUGCCCCCUCGAGGAUCCUGGCUGGAACGCCCAGAUCACCCUGGGCCUGGUCAAGUUCAAGAACCAGCAGGCAAUCCAGACUGUGCGGGCCAGGCAGAGCCUCGGGGCCGGGACCCUCGUGUCCUAAACCGCACAACUUGCCAUCUUACCUUCAUGCUCCGCACCCUCCCCACCACGUGGUGUACGGAGGUCAAGUCAGCUCUCCUGCCCCUUUUGGCUCAUGGGAGCGUGACUGUGCUCCGUAUGUCGAGGCGGAAGCCAUGGUCACGUGGAGGAGACGCUGGAGCUGAAGGAAUGGAUGGGGCCCGGGGAGGAGGGCAGAAGGCCAUGUGGGGCUGAGGAUGAAGAUUCAGCCCCUGGACACUCUCAGAGUCUCCGGACAUUCCCAGCUCAGGGCUUUGCAGCCACAGCCUGACGUACAGAUGGUGAUGGAGAGCUGGCAUCCAAGCACCCUCCCCUCGGCGGCCCCGUCAUCUGGUUGCAGACUGUUGUUAGUCCCCAGCUUGUGCCGUGCCGCGAGGAGGACAUUUCCCCAUGGGGUGCCAAGCCAGCGCCUCAGGACUCAGGAGGCCAGGCUGGUACCCCGGGGAGGAACCAGCCUGGCAUCACUUCUGGACUCACCUUGGUGGGGGGAGCUGAUGGGCCCUGAGGCCCACACUUGAGGGUCUCCUGCUGCUUAGGUCCUUCUGGGACCCCCACCCAUCCAGGCCUUCUCUUUGCACACUUCGCCCCCCACCUCUUGCCCAUCUUCCCCCCCACUGUGGUGCUAGGCCUGGAGGUGGUGGGGGUGGGGUGGGGGUUUGGCCAUUACCAUUUCAUGCCUUUCCCAAAAUGAAGAGUCCCCGCAAAGGGCAGUGACCACACUGUUUGCUGAAUGGAGUUCUUUGCCCACAAAGACCCAGUGCUUGGAGCAUCCCUCUCCUACCCCCGCUUCUCCACGCCAUAACCCAUUCUGAGAUCUCCGGCCUGGGUGGGGAGAGACACUGCAGCCCUAGGAGGCACGACCUCAGCGGUCCUAGGAAGGAGGGACCGUAAGGCCUGGACUGAGGGAUGUUCUACUGGCCAACUCAGUCUAUGUAGCUGCUUUUCCAGAAGGCCGUGCCGCCCCUGCCAUCCUGGGAGGUGGCUCAGCUUUCUGGGCAGAGUUGGUCUCCCUGUCAUUUAUGUACUCAGGCUUCAUACAUUUAAGCAGUAAGUAUUCCUUGCUGGAUGGUUUAAAAGGAAUGAUUACAGCACGGGAAAAGCUGAAGUCCAGAGAAAUAGCUGCCUGAGUUACACAGAAAUUCAUCGGGUAACCCUCGAGAUCUUUCCAUGUUGUGGUCAGCAGUUUACUCUGCCCUCCUUUCCUCCAUUGCCCACCACGUCUGGCCUUCCCUGUGGCAAAGCAGUGGCCUACUUCAAAGUCUCCAGAAGGAACGAGGGGGCUGUGUGGCCCCCUUCAACAAUUUGAAGUCUCUUUAAUAACCUCUUUGUGCUUCUGACCUGUUUUGUUCCCCAUCAGAUUUCUCCUACUGUCCAGCCAAGACCUCCCCAUCCUAUGUCCCAGUACCUUAGAGUCCUCGGGAGUGCCUUGUUCAUCUGCUACGAGUACCGCAUCUCACAAGUGACAGAGAACUUACAAAUUACAAGAGAGUUUUGACAAAUAUCUCAUUUAUUACCUCAUUAGGCUGUAUCCCUGUUUCAUGGAUAGCUUAGUCCCAGCAUCGCAAACAAGCAUCAUCUUCCACGCCACCCCUGGUAUGUGCUGAGCAAGAUCUGGGCUCUCCUAGCAUGCUGUGGUCAAUUGGUGAUGUCUGUCAUGGGCUUGGGGAGAAAGACGGUGAGGAUGGCCACACUUGGGUGGCCGGGCGGUUGCGGGGGGGGGGGGUUGGCGAGAAGAUGAUGGGGUCUCCACCCCUUCUUUGUUGGAGCCAUGUGAAUAGGAAAGGGUUAGCAUCUCUGUUCUAUAAGAUGGCCUCUAAAAUAGAAUCCUUGCUCUUCAAAUCGAACUGAAAGGCUGCUGAUGGUGGGGAUUCAGGCAUAAAGAAAGGAAAGAGGUAUCCAGACCCUCAGAAGUGGGAGAGUGGGAGUAGGUGGGAGUGGAUGCAGGCAAAUACGUACUCCUAAAUGCCUCUUCUCUGCCAGCACUGUGCUUGGCACUGGUGAUGCAGAGACGGGGAACACAAUCUGACCCUGCCCCAAGAAGCCCUGAGUCUGGUAGAGAGCUAAAAUGCCAACUGGUGCCUGUAGAGCUGGGGUGAGCAUCCGGGGGAAUGCUGGGCUCUGCCUCCUCUGCCCAGCACUGUGUUAGCCUCACUGGUGUUUGCCAGAUCAUUCUGAGAGCCUGGCUGCAAAGGGCAGUGGGGGCACAGGCAGCAUGGGGUGUCAAGGGGCAGGGGGCACACGGAGCAGAGGAAGAGGCAGGCUCUGGUUUCUGACACUCCCUGCCUUUCUGGAACACAGCCCUGUCGGUUCCACCUGUGCUUUCGUUCCUGCCCAAACCCAGCUUCAGUUUCUCCCCAUGCUAGGAGAGCCCCGGCCCCUCUGAUGGGUGUGCUGCAGUUAGAACCCCUAGCACAGACCCUAGAAUGUAGUAGGCCCUCAGUAUACAUUAAUAGAGGUGGGGGUUGUUGCGAUGGGGAAGAUCACUUCCUACCAUUUGUAAGAGUCCCAUGGCUUCCCGAAGCCUCCAAGAAGUCAUAGCACAGGGAUUGGGACCUUACACCCUGAAUUUAUGUUUUUGUUUUUGUUGUUUUUAAAGAUACGUGACCUUUGGGGAGUCUUUGUCUUCCUGCUGGGGAGGGAGACACCCUGCUUUGUGACUUCAGGGGUGUUUUCGCUGCUCUGGCAACUCUAGAUUCUAAAAAUGGAUCAUAGGCCCUCACCCUAGGAAUGCUUGGCUGGACCACAGAGUAGGGUCAAGGCCUCUUUGGGGGCACAAACAGGCCCCGACAGUGCCAGCAGACAUGCAUGAGAUGGAAAAACUGCUCGGUUGGGCCUGAGGAUGCCGUGAGGCCAGGGAGGGGCUGCUGCUUUCUCUCCCCCUGCCCCGGCAGCCCUGGCCUCACCCCUGCCUGAUGCGUGAGUCAUCGAUGGGAAAAUGAGAAAGGGCAAGUCCCAGCCCAGCAACUGGAAGUCCUAUGAGGCUAGGGGUGGAGAGACAGAGGGGAGAAGGGAUGGGCUUGCUCAGGUCAGGGUGAGCUGAGGCUGGGGCUGAGGCUUUGGCAAGAGUGAGCCUGUUGCCAGGGUGAGAAGGAAGACAAGCGCAAGGAGCCAGAAUUGGAGCCCACAGGCAGGCACUGUAGCAGGAGGGAGUGAGGCUAAAUCUGUAGGGCAUCCUGGUUACAAGUCUGUAAUCUGGCCUUUCCCGGAAGUUAGGGCUGGAGAGGUGCCGUGGGCAGUUGUCCUACCAGGUCCAGGGACCCGGGUAAGACUGUAUGUCCCACUGUGCGCCAGGCUGCUGGUUGGGAGGCUGCAUAGCCCUGGUUUGGCCUCCAGUCUCUGUUCCAGGCCACAUGCCACGGUCCCCUAGUGUGUUCUGUCCAGAAUGCAAUUCAUUCUUGUGUUUCAAACCUCCAGGGGCUUGCCCACUGCGAUGGAGGCAGUCCAGGCUCCUUGGAGGUGCUCUCUCCACAGUCAGGGCCCUUUGUAAUGCACCUGUCUGCACGGUCCCCACAGCCAGGGCCCCUGCACGCAGCCGCCCCCAUUCCAGGCUGGCAAAGGCUGUCUCACACUCCCAGGCUUUCGCACCCACCUCCUCCUGCACAUUUUUGCAGUGUUGGCUCACCACCUCGGAGGGGCCUCCUCUACUCUGCCUACAGUCCAGGCUGGGUAGCUGCUCUCUCCUCUGUAUGCUCAUAGUUUUUCCAUUACUCACCCUCCAUUGCUGGCUUACUCGUCUGCCUGCUGUACUAGGUGGUCAGUGCCUGUCAUUUGUGUACUCCUGCUAUCUCACAGUAUCCUGCACACAGCAGGUUCUUAAUGAAAAUAAUGGCAAACGGUAUUAGUGCUUACUCUGUGCCCAGCAUUGAUCCAAGAACCGUACAAUUAUUGAAUCGUGUCGUGCUUCAGCAACUCUGUGAGGUAGGUGUUCCUCAUAACUCCCAUGUUUUGCGUUAAGAAACUGAGGCCCAGGGGCGCCUGGGUGGCUCCGUUGGUUAAGUGUCCGGCUCUUGAUUUCAGCUCAGGUCAUGAUCCCACGGUUGUGGGAUUGAGCCCUGGGCUCCACACCCAGCGUGGAGAUUCUCUGUGCCUCUCCCUCUGCCCCUCCCCUGCUCACACCUACAUGCUCAUGCUCUCUCUCUCUUUCUCUCUCAAAGAAAAAGAAAGAAAGAAAGAAAGAAAGAAAGAAAGAAAGAAAGAAAGAAAGAAAGAAAGAGAAAGAAAGAAAGAAAAAGAAAGAAAGAAAGAAACUGAGGCCCAGAGAGGUUAAGUGCUUUGUUCAGAAUCACACAGCAGCUAUGAAGUGGGGGAACGAGGAGUCAACCAGGUCAGUAGGACUCUAGCAUGUGCUUUUAACCCAACACCAGAUGAUUAGUCCUCACCGGAUGAGUGAAUGAAUGAAGGAGUGAGUCCCACAGUGUCAUUGGGAGAAAGUUGCUCGGGAGCUGGGGGAAAGGAGAAGUAAGCCCCGGGGAGUGGGGAGCACGUCCGUGUGCCAGGGCGCGGAGGAGGCUUCGUGGAGAAGCUGGCUGUAGCCAGUCCUUGAAACAGUGGUGGGUCUCCCUACAGGAAAGGACACGGGGGUUGGGAGGGGGUGUCCUGGGGCAGGACUGGUCUGGAAGAGCGGAGAGACCCAGAGCGGGAAAGUACAGUGGGACUCUAGGGGAACAAAUCAUUUUCGGGCUGAGGGCCAGGCCUGUAUUGGCCCCAAAUGCCGUUUGUCUCAUGACCUGGGCACAGGGCGGCCCCAUCUGCAGGGACAAGGGCUGUGAGCUCAGUAAAUGUGACCCUGUGUGGCAGCAGGCCUGGUCCCAGAGGCCCCCACGUAGGGUUCACACCAGCUAGGGUGACCAACCGUGCUGGUGUGCGUGGGGCUCUCCUAGUGUAAAAGCAGUGAAAGCCCUGUGUCCCCAGGAACUCCUCAGUCCUGGGCAAUCUGGGACAGGGGGUCACCCUACGCCCUGCCCCAGGGACAGGAAGUGCUGCCUCUCCCACCCUUUUGUUUCACCGGUCAGCUCUGCCCACAGCUCUUGGCCCCAGCGAAGGGUCCAGAGCAACAGUGCUAGGGCCCAGAGGCGUCACCCGCCCAGACUCAGGCAGCAUCGGAGUUUUCUGCCAUCCUUGGAGGGCACACCAGGCCCCCAGCUCUAAGGAGAAAGGAGAGCCAGGUGUCUUCAGGGGCUCUUCAGUCAGCUCUGCUUCUACUGGUCCCCAACCGCAAUGCAAUUCAGUUCAACCCAACCUCAGCGCUUUGUGAAGCACCUAGUUUCUGCGGCACAGGCGUAGAAGCCUGGCCCAUCUCGCGUGGUAAUUGAGACACAGAGAGUAGCCAGGGAACAGAGGGGACUGUUAGGUGGGGACAGUGCUGUGAGGGGUGGGCGGGGGAUGCAGGUGGUCCUCGGAAUGGAGGAUAGGAUUCUGACUAUCAGAGAGAAGAGGGUAGGCAAGGCCUUCCAGGGGUAGGAAUUAUCGGUGCAAACGUGCCAGGCUGGAAACGGUGAGGUGGCUCAGGAAACGCGAGCAGGUUUGCACAGAACCUCGGCGUGCAAGAGCUGAGCACAGAGGAGUUGGGCCAACUUGGAGUCCCCUGACUGGCCAGGGGUCCGGGCUUCUUUCAUAGGCAGCGGGAGCCCGUCACAAGGCUUCCAUUCUUCACACACGCACACACACACACACACACACACACACACACCUUUACUUUUAUUACAAAAAUGUAUUUGUUGGAGAGAAAUGUGAAAGGAUAGUACAUUAUAAAGAAGAAAACAAACAUCGUCUUUCAUGUCCCCAUCUCUCAGAGAUCAUCUUUGCUAACAUUCUGGUGCAUUUCUCUCUGCAUUUAUUUCUCUGAAAAUAGAUAUGUGACAUAUAAUUAUUAUCUAUGAUAUAAUAUGUAAUUAUUUUUUCACACAUGGGGUCAUACUGUGUGUGCUCCAUUAUAGCCUGAUUUUUUAUGUAUAGUAUAUUGUGUUAUGAGGCCAUGAUGUUAAGUAAGCAUUUUGAUGUCUGUAUGUUACUCUAUUGUAUUUAGUAGUAGUUGACAAACGAAUCCCUUAUUGUUGAACACCCAUGUUCUUUUUGUGUUUUUCUAUCAUAUACAAGGUGGUAGUAAACAUUUGCAUACCUAAA